CCCGUCAAGUAACCAUGAUUAUCGUAGUUUUUGCACUUUUUGCGGCUGCCCUUGGAGUUGGAUGUCUACUUGCUGUCACCGCCGUUGGCGGUGGAUGUCUCCUUGUUUUGGGAAUCGCCUGGCUGUGGCAACAUCGGCACUUCGGGCACUGGCGACGGCUGGGCGUGCCCUGUGUUCCGGCUGCUCCAUUUGUGGGGAAUGUGUGGCGCCUCUUGCGCGGAGCCUGCUGCUUCGGCGAUCAGUUUCGCGAGUUGUACGAGAGCAAGGAGGCUGCCGGGCGCGCCUUCGUGGGCAUCCACGUGCUGCACAACCACGCACUGCUCCUCCGAGAUCCGGCUCUGAUCAAGCGCGUCAUGGUGGAAGACUUUGCCCAGUUCUCGAGCCGCUUUGAGACCACGGACUCCACUCGUGACACGAUGGGCUCGCAGAACCUCUUCUUUUCCAAGUACGAGACUUGGCGGCAGACGCACAAGCUCUUUGCGCCCUUCUUCGCUGCCGGAAAGGUGCGCCAGAUGUACGGGCUUCUGGAGCACAUUGGACAGCGGCUGGAGGAGCACAUGGAACGGCAGCUGGGUGGCAGGGACAGCAUGGAGCUGGAGGUCAAGCAGUUGUGCGCUCUCUUCACCACGGACAUCAUUGCAUCACUGGCCUUUGGCAUAGAGGCGCGCAGCUUGCAGAAUCCCGAGGCCGAGUUCCGCCGCAUGUGCAUCGAGGUCAACGACCCCAGGCCAAAGCGCCUGCUGCACCUCUUCACAAUGUUCUUCUUUCCGCGCCUGGCGCACCGGGUGCGCACCCAUCUGUACUCCGAGGAGUACGAGCGGUUCAUGCGCAAGUCCAUGGACUAUGUGCUGACCCAACGCGCCACAAGUGGCGAGAAGCGCCACGACCUAAUCGAUAUAUUCCUGCAGCUGCAGCGUACGGAGUCGGCGGACAGCAUAAUCCAUCGGCCGGAUUUCUUCGCAGCCCAGGCUGCUUUUCUGCUCUUGGCUGGCUUCGACACCUCCUCGUCCACCAUAACCUUUGCCCUCUACGAGCUGGCCAAGAACGCCACCAUUCAGCACCGCCUGCGGACGGAGCUCCGAUCUGCGCUGCACUCUAGCCAGGAUCGGCAGCUGGGCUGCGACAGCGUCUCCGGAUUGCCAUACCUGCGACAGGUGGUCGAUGAAGUCUUGCGGCUUUAUCCGCCCACGGCGUUCCUGGACAGAUGCUGCAAUUCCUCGGCGGGCUAUGACCUCUCACCCUGGAACGGCGGAUCGCCGUUCACACUGCGUGCAGGCACGCCUGUCUACAUAUCGGUACUGGGACUCCAUCGAGAUGCACAGUACUGGCCCAGCCCGGAAGUCUUUGACCCGGAGCGCUUCUCGGCCGAGCAGCGGCAACAGCACCAUCCCAUGACGUACUUGCCCUUCGGCGCGGGACCAAGGGGUUGCAUUGGGACGCUUCUGGGGCAGCUGGAGAUAAAGGUUGGACUGCUGCACAUCUUGAGGCACUUCCGGGUGGAGCUCUGCGAGAGGAGCCUGCCGCAAAUGCGGUUCGAUCCCAAGUCCUUUGUGCUAACUGCCCACAAUGGGACCUACUUACGUUUCGUCAGGAGUCCUCUUUGAACCACGUCUAGUAAUGGUUGUGCCAGGUCAACUUUGGUGUAUAAAACACUGGGAUCUGAGUUGCACACUUACUGUUGAGAAUGUUGCAUAUAAAUCUUCAAAGAAUGUACCAUGUGGAUAUGGACAGGUUUAAAUUGAUGCACUUUUUGGGACUUCUAUGUAAUAUUUGCAUUGUUUAUCUAGUGCAAUCUUGUUCAUCUAGUUCUUAAAUAACAGAAGCUAGUCAACGAA